GCGUUCGCCGCGGCGCGUUCUCGCGUUCGGUUUAGAGCCGGCUUGUGCCUCUGUGCUUGCCUCGAGACUUUAGACUCGACGGCACUCGGAUUCGGGCAGUGUCGUCUUCUCGGCAGUUGUCGUCGGCAAAGGGGCUGCACACGACACGAACACCGGCCGAUCGUUCGUAAUUCGUCUCCAAACACAAAAUUCUUCUUCCUUCGGCGUACGUUCUUCCGUCCUACGUUUUUUCUUUUCCUGACUAAAUCAAACGGACGAACAAUUUUCGUCGAUCGAACGAAUCCUCUCGAAGGACGACCAAGGACUUCCUUCCAAAUCUAUCGAAACCAGAGCGAUGUUCCUUGGGAUACUUCGGGUAAGAGUCGUGUACUCGGUAGGUACGAGGGUUCGCACAGAUCGUCGAUCGGAUAAGAGCAAAAAGUGGAGAAGGAGAAGAAGACGUAGGAGAAAAAAAGAAGAAGAAGCAACGACAUCACUUUUGUGUAUCGAUUAGAACGAGUGAGACCGAUCGGCCUCGAAGAAAAAUUAAUUUAACGAAGAGCUGCAUUCGAUUUGGAACAUUGUCAUCCUGAUAGCAAAAGGAAUAGAGACAGAAAGAGAUAAAUAGAGAUAAAGAAAGAGAGAGAGAGAGAGAGAGAGAGAAAGAAAAAGAAAGAAAAAGAGAGAAAGAAACAGAGAGAGAGAGAGAGAGGAAGAGAAAUCACAGGAUGUCUUUCGGUGCUAAUCGAUUCCCUUCGAGCCAGCAUACGCGUUAUCGCAGCAGCUGGGGACCGUCUUCCGUUUCCGUCUUCGAUCGUGCAGACGUACCUAGACCAUCUCCAGAAGAAGAGGAGUACGCUGAAUUCUAUCACGAACGAUUGCACUCGGCCCAAAGCAGACAACUAAUCCCGCUUCAGGAGGAUUUGGCCGACUGGAUCAACAAAACGAUAAACGUCGAUUACAUAACGGGCGAUAACUUUUUCGACACGUUGGAUAAUGGCGUGGUGGUUUGCCGACUGGCAAAAGUUAUACAGGAGAAGGCCAGAUCGGCUGUCGACGCUGGAAAGGCGAAAGGGCCGAUCCCGGUGAUAAGAGGACGCUGCUGGGAAAACGCAGCAAGACGUAGCUUCUUCUCUCGCGACAAUAUGGAGAACUUUAUACAAUUCUGUCGUCGUUUGGGCGUACACGAGAAUCUUCUUUUCGAGAGCGACGACCUCGUCUUGCACGGGCAGCCUCGAAACGUCGUACUCUGCCUAUUGGAAGUAGCUAGAUUGGCGGCUAGGUAUUCUUUGGAACCACCUGGUCUCGUGCAACUGGAAAGAGAAAUCGCCGAGCAAGAACGAGAUCUGCGUUGUCUCUCGGACAGCGGAAUUUCUCACAGUAGUCUCGUCUCCUGGCAAUUCGCAUCUCCCUCGCCUACGGCAACGCCCCGGCCUCAAACUGAAAAGAUCAAGCACAGUAGUUCAACGUCGGAAGUAGCGGAUAUGACGACUCGUUGGUUGGAUCCAACGACUGGUGCCACUCACGAGCCCGAAAUGAGACGAUCCGUUAGCGACAAUGGACCAGCCGGUAGCGACGGGGUACCUAGCGAUACCACGGAGGACGAUUGGUCGCGCGGUAGCGUCGAGGAUCCCGAUGACGUUCCUUCGCCGUCACCCUCGCCAACUAGUUCGCCAUCUCCAACGCAAUCGCCGGCGGAACCUCCGGAAUACACGGGACCGAUCACGGAACUCGAUCGCAAGGUGCGGAGAGUCACGGAAGCCGUUCAAAGGCUUUGCCAAUGUCCAUCCGGUAAAUGCUCGAGGUUGAAAGUACGCAAAGUCGGAGAGGGUCGAUAUCACAUCGCAGGCCGCAACGUAUUUAUAAGGCUUCUGAAAGGAAGACACAUGAUGGUAAGAGUGGGCGGCGGGUGGGACACCUUGGAGCACUUCUUGGCGAGGCAUGACCCCUGUCAGGUGAGGGCUCUCAACCAAGAGGGUACACCACCUCCUACCCCUUCGUCUAUUUCACGAGGCAGAAAGCACCGCGGCAACGACUUCCUUCGCAUUCACGCCAAGUAUCGUGGCCUUCCCUUGGAACCCGUCCCCAUAUCUGUCUCCGGGCGCUAGCCUAAAAGCCAGCAGCAAGCACGGCAUCAUCGCUCGCACUCCUCGACCCUGCAUAUCACGUAAUAGGGCUACACGGUACUAAUUUACACGGUAGCCGACUAUCUUUCGAAGCUACUCGCCAUUCUCUCUCUCUCUCUCUCUCUCUCUCUCUCUCUCAGACACACACACACACACACACACCCUCUCACACUAACACGCGCGUACACCCUGUGCGUUUUUCUUUGAUUUCACCUUCACGUCGGCUCCCAAGAGAGAGCAUGCGUGUGCGUGCGUAUGUAUGUAUGUAUGUUGUGUGUUUUACGCUCGUUCGUUGUUUACAAUUUUAAUGAUAGCACAGGAAACAAUUGGCGAUAAGCUCGCCUUCUCGUUUUUUCGCGUCCUUCUCUCUUCUCUUUAGUUUUGUAAGAGAAGAAGGAUGUCGGGGAAUACGUUAGUACACUAACGUCCUUCCUUUUCUAGAGAUUUCUAGAAAAUGUAAUGGUUGUCGUGAAACUCGUACGUUCCUACUUUAUCUUCGCAGGUGCCGUUUUUUUUGUCGCCUGAAUUUAUUAACGGAGAAACAACGUAAUUAAUGUGUAAAGGCAUAUGCAGUAUUUAGUUCAAAGUCGAAAUAUUUAUACGAUUAUAGAUGUUUAUAAGAAACAUCGUUUCUCUGAUCGGUUAUCAAGCUUACCGAAGGAAAAUUGGCCUAUAUAGUGCGAGUAUCGUUGAUAGUUAAACCGAUUGGAAAAUAAAACACGUAGACAUAUUUCUUCUCAACGUUAUUAACUUUCAAUGAAUAUUUUCUUUUUUAGCGAUGAAACACAGUAGGUCUUUGAAUCAACAUUGAAACAGGUUCUUGUCCAUUCCAAUGUAAACGUUCCAGCCUUUAGAUUAUGUUCUUUGAACGAAUUAGAGAAAGGAAAAAAAAUGAGCAAAAUGAAAAAACGAAAAGAAAAAAAAAAAGAAGGAAACAAAAGAAAAGAAAAUACGAUAUAUGUUCGGAAUGUACUCGCAACGAAAUAUUUUCGAGGAUAGUUUCGAAGUAUUUAGAGAUAAGUAUUCGAUUAAGCAAAUUUAUUAUCUUUCUCACACAUUCCAAAGAUUCUAAUAUCGUAGCUCGCGUAUUCUCCGACAAGCUUGUCGUACGCACGAUAUGCCUACUGUAUUCUACUUCUCGAUUUAUAUCCAUUUCAAUCUAACGAUAAUAUUUAUAUACAUAUAUCGUAUGUAUAUCGGAUGCACCCAUCUUGCGGUUUUGCACAAGUGUAAAAAAAUCGUGAGUUCAUUCAUUGGGUGGCACACCAUCGUAUAUCAUGAAUAUUCAAUUUUUUACUACGCUUCCUGUAAGAGAAAAAAAAGAAAAAAAAAAGAAAAAGAAAAGAAAAACGAUUCGUACCAACGUCGUAGAGUCUCUUUUGAUCUUCCGAGAUUUUUAUCAACGAUAAAUAACGUGUUCGAUACGUGACACCAAUAUAAAAGUUCACGAUUCUUGUUGAUCCUUGUUUGUAAUACAACGUGUGCGGCUCUCGGAAAUUCUUCGACGGAGAUAAGAAAAAAAAAAAAGUUAUAAAAAAAGUCCGAUGCAGCUUUAAAUAAGUAGUCAUAGCUUGGAAAUAUCGCAAUGACCAAACUUCUUUCCGGCCGAGAUGUAUUCGAGGUUAUUAAAAAAAAAAAAAAAAGAAAAAAAAAGAAAAAAAGAAAAAAGUAAAUACAUAGAAAUGAAGAUAAAAGUUAAAAUAAAAUAAAAUAAAAUAGUAGUAAUGAUAAUAAUGAUAAUGAUAAUGAUAAUGAUAAUGAUAAUGAUAAUGAUAUUAAUAAUAAAGAAAAUAGUAUUUUACGAUCGAUCAAUUCUAGAAUGCAUAAUCAAUCUGUCGAUGAACACACGAAGCCCCAAUGAAACUCUCUGUGAUUUUCGCAAGAUAAUCCGUUUGUAAAUUGGAAAUGCGUGCGAUCAUUAUUACAAAGGAAGAAAGUGCAAUUAGUCUCAGGUAGAAUGUUGUGCGUAUAAAGGAAAGAAAGAAGAAAAAAAAAAAAGUUUUGCCUUCUCCAUUUAUAAUUAAUAGGGAAAGAAAGAAAAAACAAUACCAACGGAGUCGCCUCUAUAAUCGGAUUAACAUUAAUAAAUAAUAAGAUUUGAUAACUUAACAAUAUACAUUUUGAUAUGACGAUAUAUUCUUAAAAAUUUUCGAACGUACACGUGAUCGAAAAGAGAAAACGAGGAAGAGGAACAUGGAAAACGCAAUCGAAAAGAGAAAACGAAGAAAACGAGGAAAAGAAAAAUGAAAAGGAAAAAGAGAAGAGAUAAUAAAAAUUUUUGAAAUACGUAUCAUUCUAUAAGAAAAAUACAUUUGUACGAUGAAGAAACAUUAAAAUUAAAGCGACACGAUAUAUAUAUAUAUGUGUGUGUAUAUGUAUAUAUAUAUAUUGGUCAUUGCUUCGAGUCUGUAAACGUCGAUAAUUCUUAUAGUGCGCUUUUAUACUUCCUGACGAGCACUAGACGCAUGUAAAUCACGAUAGGGAAACGGGGUCGGUCAUUUAUUUAUUUUUUUUCUUUUUUUAUUACUCAUUUAUGAAAAGAUAACUAAAUUUUUAUUUAUGUUUUAUCGUUAAACGUAACUUUCUUGACGCAAGAAUCAGCUGUUAACAAGACUGGUUGAUCGAUAUGAAAUUUGUCAAAUGGUAAAUUACAAAUUAAAACUCUGAUCUUUUCUUACAUUUGUUAAAAUUUUACGAAUAUAUUAUAAAUUCUUCUCCGCCCCUGACCCUGGAAAGUAUUGCACUUUAGCACUCGUGUGACUUAUGACAACUCAUUUUUCAUACACGAUGUAAUGUCAUCUAUCAUGCAAAAAAUGCUUGGACUGCCACGAUAUAUGUUUUGUACUUUUAUAUAAAAAAAAAAAAAAAAUGUAAUUGUAAGGUAUGGAAUACAAGUAACACGUUUAUAUAUCAUUCACACGACACAGAUAU